UGCAUCUGGACGACCCACAGCUGUGAGCAGUUCUUUUCUAAAUGGACUCUUGCAAAGACUCUCAAGACCGACUGACAUAAAUUUAGCAGCUGGUCUUGGUCAGCUGUAAAUUUCUCACUCGUGCUUUGUCAGCGUUACACUUAAUGAUUAGGAGGAGCUUAGUCUGGGUUGGAUCGGACGUGGGGUCUCCGCUGCCGCUGGCUGGACAGUUGCAGUCACAGCAUCAUACAAAGAGCAGUGACGCUAACUGUAGGUUUACUGGACUCAUUCAUACCGAAGCGAGCUGAAGCGAGCCGAGCCGAGUCUGAUCCAACAGCAGCAUGAUGGACAGCACAGCUAUGUAUCCCCCUGUCAACGGCCCCCCCGCCAACAUGUUCAACAACGUGCCCGGUUAUGAGGGCACCAUGGCAGGAGGAGGUGGUUUUCUUCCCCCUCCCAUGCCCCUGGAGCCCGUGGCCCCUCCUCAACCCGGCCCUGUACCUGACAACUGGUGCAUCCCGUCUCUGGAUGAGGAUGUGGCUCGUGAGGCGUUCAAGAGCUAUGCGUCGUCUCAUUGCUGCUGGAGUGCCGCUCCAGCCAAGGAUGGAGUCAUCACCAGCAUGGAGCCGUACGACACCUACAGGUACCGGCUGGAGACGUAUACUGAGUCCAGGUCCACUGAAUGGUCCCAGAAACCUCACGAAGGUGAGGCAGCUGACUUCUACACUCAGACCGCCCCCCAGCCCUGGGAGGUGCCGGCCACGGCCCCCAGCCUCUUCACCGAUCACAAGCUGGAGAUGCGGGUGCCCUUCACCUCUUCCAUCAAGGACUGCAACAUCUGCCAUAGCGCGGGGACCAUGCCAUGUGAGGACUGCAAUGGACAAGGACAUAAAGAGUGCUGGGCGUGUCAUGGCAAUGGUCAGACGUGCUCCACCUGUAACAGUACUGGCCAAGAGAAUUGUAGAAAGUGUGAAGGGCGUGGCACAGAGAACUGCAAAACCUGUAACGGGAAACGACAACUGCUGACUUUCAUCCAGCUCAAGGUGGAGUGGACUAAUCAUGUAGAGGACCAUUUGGUGGAGCAGAAGGUUGGUCUGAAGGCCGAUGAUCUGAGCUCAGUUAACGGGAAGGAGCUGUUUAAGAACAACCAGUACCUGCUCUACCCACUGCUCGGGUUCCCAAACCCGGCCAUCUCUGAGGCCUCCGAGCGCCUGAUCAAAGAUCACCAGAGCAAGUACGCCCAGAACUCCAGGAUCCUGCAGCAGAGGCAGACGGUCGAGCUGAUCCCCAUCACCAAGGUGAAAUAUAAGUGGAAGGGCGACUCUCACAAGUACUUGGUCUACGGCAACGAGCACAAAGUCAGCGCCGACGACUACCCAGCGACCUGCUGCUGUGUCAUCAUGUAGACACGCACACACACACACACACAAACACACACACACACACACACAUAAAGAGCUGAACUUGGCUGUUUAUUCUCCAAUAUUGUUUUUUUAUUUCAUAUCAGCCUCUCCCUCCAUGACACAACACAACAUGAUGUUUCCAGAUCAUCAGAGUCGCUGUCAGAGCUCAGGUCAAACAUGUCAACCCUGGGUUCACACAGAACACACACAUUGACACACACACACACACUGUUUACUGUGACAUCCUGUAAAGAAUGAAUCUGUUAAAACCAGUCCUCACUUACAUAAGGAUCUCUUUUAUGUUUUUGUUUCCUGAACUUUCUGCUCAGCUGUUACUCCGUCUCUGACUCCUGUUUUGACAUGAGUACAUUUAUUAUUCUUUUGCAUCAAGGUCUGAACUUCUGUUAUCCAAAAUCCAGAUUUUGAAAACACAGGUCAACAGGUAUUUUUCUGUUUACAGUUUACUUCAAAUAGGUGCCAUUUAAUGUCCUCGGUAUUUAAAGGAAGCAAAAAAUGAAUGUGAGUUCUAAGGAAAAGAACAAAAAGUGAGCGGUGAGGGGAAGCAGCAAAAGAAAAAAAAGAUAUAUGUAGUUUGAAUCAUACGGAGGUGAAUAUAUUACCUGGUAUUUUACUUGGGGGAGGUGAAUUGAAUUAUGACAGAAUCUGGUUCAAUUGGUUUCUACUUGUAUUUUCCUUCUGUCCGUUAAUGUUUCAUGAAUGAAGAAACCACUAUCCUGUUUAAACUGUGGAGGAUUCAUCACCAACAAAUCAGACAUUUCUGAAAAGUGGGGGAAUUAACUUGCCUGGAUGAGUGAGUCUUUUCUCACGUUUACAGUUUACAGUGUAGUAACUAACUGCUUUGCCUUUCUUCUGGACAGACUGAAUGACAUUAUCACCACUUUAUCCUUUACUUCUAGUGUAGAAAUAUAUAUAUAUAUAUAAUUCUGUCAUGUGUUCAUCGUAUUCAGUUGCGUGUUGAUGACAAACAAAAAUUACCAAAGUGCUGAAACUGUAUUGAAGAAUGUUAGUUUUUAAUCCCAGCGUCGAUGUGUAUACAAUAACCCUCCAUUUUAAACUUUAGUUCUUGCAAAAGCUCCAUCAAUGCCCUCUGUUUGCUUUUCUCUCACUUUACCUCUCAGCCAAGCAGUUGGCAGUCUGGGUAAAAGAAAGGAAGGAAGGAAGGAAGGAAGAGGGAAUAAUGGCUGGUGUGGUCGGGAGAGCCAUAGUGAAUGAAUCAGACUGUAGAGCAGUUAAAAGGGGUUUCAAUGCUUUUUAUAAAAAAUUUGAGUUGCUUCUAAAGCUAGAAUGUAAAAGUUAAUAAAUCAAAAUCCAAUGAUUCCAUCCGGGGCCUGAAACAGAUCAUCUGCAUGUCAGAGAGUCUAGAAGCAAGUGGACAAAACUGAACCGCAGCUAAUCGAAUCCACUAAAACCACAACGCAGCAUAAAACCGGAUCGAUGUCUGGAACCAAUGAUGAAUAUUUGUGCUUCUGUUAGUUUUUUACUUUUUGCAAGGGAAGAAACACUGGAAGUUGUGUUGUUUCUUCUGUCAGAGCUAAGGUUUUUAUACCAAUUACUCCAGGACUUUAUAAUGACGUUUUAAAUUUGAAGCAACUAUGUGAGUUUUUCAUCGUUUCUCCUCCUCCCUUCUUUACAUUUUAUUCAGGAACUGAGUUGAGUCAUCAGCAAAGCAAAGAAUCCAAUAAUCCUUCUAUCCACUCUUUUACUACCAAGGCUCAUUGGGUUAUGUAAACGAAGUGGACAGGCUCAUGUCCACAACCUACCCAUCUCCAUAGCAGCUGACGCAAAUAAUUCAGGUGUUUGCCAAAAAUGCCUAAUAUCUUAAUGUAGCAGUAACUAGAGUCCUGGUUAGGCUCUACAGCUGCUCAGUUUGUCUCCAUCUGACUUUUAGGUGAAAACAGUUCACUUCAAGUUGCCUGUCCUUUGAAGCUGCUCUCCUGCAGUACAACAGAACCCCUGUAGAGGGCACUCUUUGCCUCAAUCAGAUGUAAACAGACUCUACUGCCACCAUCUGGCUGCCAUCUGUACAACCGGGUUAUCUGUGACAAACGAUCAAUUGGUAUUAUGCUCAGGUGUUGGGUCUUUUUUUUUUUUAUCUCAGUGUAACACAUGUUAUCAGUCGAAUCUUUAGUGUUGUAGCUUUCGUAAAAAACAAUAUAUACAUAAUGUUAACGCGACUUUGGCUUUUAUCACCUUUAACUGCAAUCUACAUGCCUUAACUCAGUACUGUUACUAACAAUCCUCUCUACUUCUACCUCUAUACUGUCAUGUUGUUACUGAAGUAGAUCAUUAAUUGUCUGCUGCUCUAGAAAAUAAACUGUUGAGCUUU